AUGAUGCAACUUGCUUCUGAUGUGCGCAACAUACAUUCUGUAGGCGGUUUUGAAAUGCGAAACUGGCUAUCGAAUUCCAAACGAGUUCUACAAGCAAUGACCAGUCAGAAUGAGUAUGGACUGCUGAGAGUGAAGGGUCGGAUUAACGAAGCACGAGGAGUACCAUCUGAUCUUAAACGACCCAUUAUACUUCCCCGAAAUAGUAUCAUUACUCAUCUCUUCACAGAGUUCUACCAUCGGAGGUUCCAUCACCACCACAACGAAAUAGUGGUAAAUGAGAUGAGGCAGCGAUUUUGCGUUCAUGGUCUACGAUCAUUGGUGAGAAACGUGACCAAGCUAUGUCAACAUUGUUGCAAUCGGCGAGCCAUGCCGAAUCCACCUGAAAUGGGAAAGCUACCCAUGGAGCGCCUGGCAACAUUCUGCCAUCCGUUUGCCUACACAGGCGUCGACUAUUUUGGACCAUUUGAUGUGACUGUUGGCAGAAAACACGAGAAACGUUGGGGAGUCGUGUUUACGUGUAUGACCAUACGCGCGGUUCACAUCGAGAUUUCACCAUCGCUAUCCACCGACUCGUUUCUGCUGGUGCUGAAGUUGUUUAUUUCAAGAAGGGGAGUACCCAAGCGAAUCCUCUCAGAUAACGGCACCAAUUUUAGAGGUGCUAGUCGUAUACUAGCUGAAGAAAUAGAGAAGAUAUCAUCUGAAACAAUAAUGCGAAAGUAUCCUGAGAUCGAGUGGAAAUUUAUACCACCAGCAUCACCACAUAUGGGCGGUGCCUGGGAGCGGAUGGUCCGAUCCAUUAAAUCCGUACUAAUGGACAUACUUCCAAGAGGUGCCCUGCGUGAAGAAGUAUUGAGAGCUGCCUUAGCCGACGUCGAGAAUAUCAUUAACAUGCGUCCGUUGACCUACAUCCCGCUGGACUCUUACGAUAGCGAGGCUUUAACGCCAAAUCACUUUCUCCUUGGUUGUUCCAGCGGCAUACGAGAAAAGGAUGACUUCGACGUUGGUCUUCCGUCACUGUUAAAUGAAAAAUUUCGUGCCUCGGGGGAAAUAGCCAAUCGAUUCUGGAGACCAUGGAUUCGUGAAUAUUUGCCUGGAUUAACAAGACGCGCAAAAUGGCUUGAGAGCCCAGCAGAACCUAUUGUCCCGAACGACGUGGUGAUCAUCGUUGAUGAAAACUCGAAACGGAACACCUGGGUCAAGGGAAAGGUGCUAGAUGUUAUACGAAGUCCCGAUGGCCAAAGAUGUGAUAAAGAUCCACUGCCAGGGAUCGAUGAUAUUCUGGACUUAUUGACUGGCACGGAAUGGUUCUCAACACUCGAACUUAAGACCGGUUAUUGGCAAGUGGAAACAAGUAAAGCGGUAAAUCCAUACAAAGACUAA